CUGACUCCAUCUACUAUGACCACCACUGAACUGUCGACCGCUAAGCUGUCCACCAGUGAACUGCCAACCAUUGAACCGCCGACCACAUUCACCUCUCCGAAAGAAUUGAUGCCCUCCGCACCACCUUUCAAGUUGUCGACUCAGAAGGAGAUCGAGGAAGAUGAAAUCCAACUCGAAGCCCACCUUACCAGCGGUAUGAUCCGACCAGAUGAGCGCUACCUGAAACUUCGUUACAACAACUGGACACUCAUUGUCCCCGGCAAUCCGGUGGUAGCCCAGCAGCUGCUCCAUACUUUGAAAGCUCGUCGGGAAACCUGCGUGGCGGAGCAUGCCGUGGCUCAACGACGUCUUCAUGAAAUCAUAUCAACCGUGAAUUUUCUCCGGUCUCAAGUGGACGAAGGCAGCAAGAAGAUUCUUGAUGCGGAACGGGAUAUCGGUGAUGCGUGCCAGGCCUUUCACAAAACAGGACUUGUGGUCGGCCAUGAUGGUUGCGUUGUCUGUCGCCCGGAGCAUGCCGUGGCUCAACGACGUCUUCAUGAAAUCAUAUCAACCGUGAAUUUUCUCCGGUCUCAAGUGGACGAAGGCAGCAAGAAGAUUCUUGAUGCGGAACGGGAUAUCGGUGAUGCGUGCCAGGCCUUUCACAAAACAGGACUUGUGGUCGGCCAUGAUGGUUGCGUUGUCUGUCGCCCCAAGUUUCCCAUUGCCGUUUAA